AUGUCGCAACCUACGCCAGAGUUAAUGGACGCCCUCUCGGGGCUCAUCGCUCAAGCCAUUAAAGCGUCGAUCGGAGACGCGUUUACGCCGGCCGCCCAGGGUCAACAGGGAAACUUCAACACACCAAGGGUACCCGCAUUCACAAUGCCCGAAUGCCACCCCUCUGACGAAGCACCGGUCGCCGACUACUUUGACCGCUUCGAUUGCGCGCUCCACCUGAGUCAGGUGCCAGAGGAGCUCCAUGCGAUGUACGCCCGAGUACACAUGGGCUCCAUCUUGAACAACGCCCUGAAGUAUUUAGUCGCACCCAGUGAUCCCGCGGCGCUGUCAUACCGAGAAAUGCGCGACGUAUUGGUUCCUCACUUUGAUAAAAAGAGGAGCAAAUUCGUCGAAAGUAUCAGAUUCCGGGCAAUCACGCAACGAGCAAGUGAAACGAUCGCUCAGUUUGCGCUUCGCCUGAGACAAGGAGCGGCUCAUUGUGAAUACGGUGGCUUCCUGGACAGGAUGUUAGUCGAACAAUUCCUUCACGGCGUCGAGGCGCGUGGAAUCCGGGACGCCAUCAUCAGCAAGGCUCCCGAAACCUUCCACGCCACCGUGGACAUUGCCCAGCGUAUCGAGGCGACGCAACAGACAUCCUUGGAGGUUGGAGGCGAGCCAAAAUUGGAGCCGACACACAAACUGGAAUAUGAGCGAGCAGCGACGAGUCAGCGAGGUUACCAGCAACCGACGACCAGUUACCGACGUCAUCAGCAACCGACGACUAGUCACCGGGCGGCAGACAGAGCAACAACAGGUAACCGUUGUAACGGGUGUGGCGGUCAACACCCGCGAUCGCAGUGCCGGUUCCUGAAUGCAGUGUGCCGGGCAUGUCAAGUGAAAGGGCACAUCGCUAGGGUGUGCAAGUCAGUGAAGCCCGGUAGUACCUACCAGAUUGAGGACGACCACACAGACAUCGACGGAGAAUCCACACCAGCACCAUUCGCGGUAAGCAACAUCAGAAGCCCCCACAAAAUCAUAUUGCCCGUUAAUAUCGAUGGAACAAACAUCCCUAUGGAAUUCGAUACAGGAGCACCCUGUGGCAUCAUCGCCGAGCGCACCUUAAGGAGCAUUAAGAAAACAUACCAGCUCCUACCAACGAACCGACAAUUCGUCAGCUAUACCGGCCACCGCAUCCACUGCUUGGGCCAACUUCCCGUAUCCGUCUCUCUGGGAAAACACGCACAUCGUCUGACAUUAUACGUCGUCAGCGGCCAAGUCGACUCACUAUUCGGACGAGAAUGGAUAAGACCGUUCGCUUCACAAAUAGACCUCAACACCCUGUUCGCAUCAAACACAACCGUGCACACCGUAACCAGCAAGGACUUGACACCACCCCAAGAGCACCAGCUGACAGCACUGUUGGAGAGCUACAAAGAUAUUUUCAGCGAUAGCCCCGGGAAACUCACGGGUCCCCCGGCGAAAGUACACCUCAAACCAGACGCCAGACCCAUAUUCGUGAAGGCACGGGAUGUCCCCCUCGCACUGCGCCACCAGUACGCCACAGAAAUUGAAAAAAAAAUCGAAUCAGGAUUCUACGAAAAAGUGGACUUUUCCGAAUGGGCAUCGCCAACACAUAUCGUGAUAAAGAAAAACGGCAACAUUCGGAUCACCGGCAACUACAAGCCAACCAUCAAUUCAAGGAUGAUCAUCGAUGAACAUCCAAUCCCGCGAAUAGAGACAAUAUUUAACAGAAUGAAGGGAGCAACAUUAUUCUGUCAUCUAGAUAUCACCGAUGCGUACACCCACCUGCCGAUCGACGAAGAGUUCCGCACCGUUCUAACGCUCAACACCAUCACCCAUGGACUUGUUCGACCAACAAGGGCCGUCUACGGAGCCGCGAACAUACCCGCUAUAUGGCAGCGGCGUAUGGAAAUAGUAUUCCAAGGCCUCAAUAACGUCGUCAACUAUUUUGAUGAUAUUAUCGUGUUUGCAAAAACCCACGAGGAGCUGCUUUGA